AUGGAGAUGUCCGCUUCAUCUUCCACGACCAGUGGUCGUAGACGAGUACGAACUCCGGGAAUACCUAGUACGUUUAAUCCGUUGUAUCUUGAGAAUGACAAUCACGUCUUCAAAUGGGUUGACGAAGCUUUCACCAAUGAGAUACAACAGUUGGACAACCAAGUUCGAAAGCUAGAAGAAGAAGUUCAAUUUCUCAAAGCAACAAUAAGGAGUGAAAGUGAACUCAGUGAAGGUCCCAAAAUAAUGGAGCCCAAGAUAAAGAUAUCAGGAGGUUGUGUUAUUCUUGCUGUCGUUUUAGUUCUAGGAAUUAUGAUGUACAAGAAGUAA